AUGUCCGUCGAGACUAUCCUCCAGGGCAAGUACCCUGCCAAGGCCCAUGCCCGACGCGUAGUCGAUCACAUUCGUGGCAAGGUCCCUGAUGCCACCGGUGUGCUGUACGUCGAGGGUCGUAUGAUGAAGCUGCUGGAGGAUAGCGACGCACCAGAGCCAUUUCGCCAGCGUCGCUUCUUCUAUUACCUGACCGGCUGCCAACUCGAGAACUGCUACUUCGUUUACGACAUUGCCGCCGACAAAUCCACCCUCUUCAUCCCGCCCAUCGAUCCCGAAGACGUCAUCUGGUCCGGCCUCCCUCUGAGCCCCGCCGAAGCUCUCGAGCAAUACGACGUCGACGAGGUCAAGUUCACCACGGACGUAAACCCCACCCUCGCCCACCUAGGCAGCUGCGAAGCCUCCAAGAGCACCGUCUACGCCAUCGCCGACCAGGUCUCGGAGCACAUCACCUUCCUCGGUUUCGAUGAGAAGAACUUUAGCCUUCUGAGGGAGGCCAUUGAGGUCUGCCGUGUCGUUAAGGACGACUACGAGCUUGCGCUCAUGCAAAAGGCCAAUAAUAUUUCCGCCGUGGCUCACAGGCUCGUGCUGGAGAGGGUCAGGAACGCCCAGAACGAGCAGGAGCUUGAGGCGGUGUUUUUGGGAGCUAGUGUUUCUCAGGGAGCGAAGAAUCAGGCGUAUAGCUCCAUUGUUGCCUCUGGGAGGGCAGCCGCGACUCUUCACUAUGUGCGAAACGAUAUGCCGUUGAAGGGGAAGCUCAAUCUUCUUCUGGACGCUGGCGCCGAGUGGAACUGCUACGCCUCUGAUAUUACGCGGACGUUCCCCAUCUCUGGAAAAUUCUCCAAGGAGUCCCGCGAAAUCUACGAGAUCGUAUUGAGGAUGCAAGAGGAGUCGAUCGCCAUGCUGAAGGACGGCGUCCUCUGGGACGACGUGCACUACCGUGCCCAUGAAGUCGCCGUCGAGGGUCUCCUCGCUCUCGGCAUCCUCAAGGGAACCAAGGAGACGAUCCUUCAGAACAGGACCAGCGUCGCCUUCUUCCCUCACGGCCUGGGCCACUACCUAGGCAUGGAUACCCACGAUACGGGCGGGAACGCGAACUAUGCCGACAAGGAUACCAUGUUUAGGUAUCUCCGUGUUCGUGGGCGACUUCCGGCGGGAUCUGUCAUCACGGUAGAGCCAGGGAUUUACUUCUGCAACUUUAUCAUCGAGCCUUAUUUGAAAGACCCCACGCACUCGCAAUUUAUCGACGAGUCCGUGCUGGAGAGGUAUUGGGAUGUUGGUGGUGUCCGAAUCGAGGACAACCUAAUCAUCACGGCGACUGGAUCACAAAAUCUAACGACUGUUGUCAAGGAUCCUGAUGAGCUAGAAAGGGUCAUUAGCGCUCACUAA